AUCUUCAUUUCAUUCAUUCUGUUUGCAUCAAUAGAGUUGGUCGCGUCUUUGUUUUGCCAGUUUCGUACUGUCAUGUUCAAUCGUUGCCAUAGUAUUUUUAAAAUCGAAUUAUAAUUUAAUACGCAUUUAAGUUCAACAAAAAAAAAAUGAUUUUGUAAUUAAAAAUAUGUUUUUUAAAUAAUUUAUUACAGUAAACCAGUAACAGGCUCGAAUCUCAGUGAAGAUUAGUCUGCAGGUAUUACAUUAUCUCAUAACGCGGACAUCUCGAUGUCUGAAUUGUCUGAUAACCGAAUUGCUUUAGUUUGUUCCGCCGUUUAAUACGUAACAGUCGCUGGCUUCAUAGUCGUGAUGUGCCGAUAACGUUCAACAAAGAACAGCAUCAGUGAUAAUUCGUGAACUUUAAAAAGAACAGUUUUCAUACUUAUUGCGUUUUUUUUUUCGCGGCAAAAUCAUGGCGAGCUACGUGCCAGAAUAUUUGUCCAAUUUUGUGGAAGAAUUAGAUGAACAUCCGUGGAUUUUCGCUUCGCUGGCGUCGAUGCUGGUCGGUUUAAGCGGCAUCUUACCGCUAUUCAUCAUUCCACUGGAUUCUUCAGCCACAUUCGAAGAUGGGCCCGGGGCAGCCACACUUCGGAUCCUGCUCAGUUUCGCUGUAGGCGGUCUACUGGGCGAUGUCUUCCUCCACCUACUACCAGAAGCGUGGGAAAAUGAUAUGGCCAACACUAAAGCGGGACAGCACGUUUCUCUCAAGAGCGGUCUGUGGUGUCUGUUCGGCAUGCUGGUCUUCAUAGUCGUGGAGAAGCUGUUCUCGGUGGACGAGCACAACGACGGCGAAGAGGAGGAGGAGAAGCAGAACGGCGCAAUAAAGCAGAUAGAGAUCGAAGAGAUCGAGAAACUGCUCGAGAUCGAAAGGAAACAUCGGGGAGUCGAUAAGGGGAUCUGCAAUGGAACCGUGACCGCCAAGCAGAUAUAUGACUCUUGUAUCUUCAAUAAUAACACUAAAGGCGAAGGAGGAUGUUGCAGCAUGCCUACAAGCAACGCUGGAGCCAGCGGCCGCUGUAAGGGCUCCUCUCGUUGGAUGGGACGCUGCUUGCUUCGGGAAGCUCGGGAGAAAGCACUCCGGGCCAGUAAAGAGAAAACUGAGAAAAAAGAUGUGGCGGGCUAUUUGAAUCUGAUGGCGAACUCGAUCGACAACUUCACCCACGGACUCGCGGUCGGGGGCUCGUUCCUCGUCGGGUUCCGGGUCGGAGUUCUCACCACCUUUGCCAUAUUAGUGCACGAGAUCCCGCACGAGGUGGGAGACUUCGCCAUACUGCUGAAGAGCGGGUUCUCCAGGUGGGAGGCCGCCAAAGCACAACUGGCCACGGCGACGGCGGGGCUGGUGGGCGCCAUGACGGCCGUCGUGUUCAGCGGCGCCAGCAAUUCGCUCGAAGCGAAGACCUCGUGGAUCGUGCCGUUCACGGCGGGCGGGUUCCUGCACAUCGCGCUGGUGACGGUGCUGCCGGACCUGCUGCGGGAGCACUCCAAGCUGGAGUCCCUCAAGCACUUCGCGGCGCUCGCCCUCGGCAUCCUGCUCAUGCACACCCUCACCACGUACUUCGGGUAGACCACAAGUAGCGGUAGGCAGCGGCUCGGCUCUGCCCCUGGCAUUGCUGAAGUCCAUGGGCGACGGUAACCACUCACCAUCAGGUGGGCCGUAUGCUCAUCUGCCUACAAGGGCAAUAAAAAAAAAGUAGAUGAUAGGAUCCUCCUAGCCGUCUACAUACCACAAGUAGAUAGGUUGUCAUUUAUGAGAUUUUGUGAUUGCGUUUGCAAGUAAAAAUAUAAUAUUUUAGUUCAAAAUUAUUGAAACAAUGUAUCGGAUAUAAUGUUUUAAAUAUAUUUUUUUAAACUUUCAUCACGAUUAUACAGUAUAUAAAUUUAAAGAAAAACAUAUUUGCUCGUAGAAUUCAUAGAGAGAUGUAAUCAAUAGAUAUAUUUUUGUAAAAAAAGUUAACCAUUUAAAAAGUAUUAUUAUAUAUCGAAUAUUAGGAUAGAUUUAGCGUUUUAAACAAUAUUCAAUGUGUUUACUUGUAAUAUGAAAUUUUCUUCGUUUUUUAAUAACCCUUGUACAAACUUUGUCUCAUAAUCUUUGGAUGGUACGUAUUUCCUUCCUAUAAAUAUGCAUAUAUACUAGGAUACCCGACAGAUGUACUCCUGUCUUAAAUUUGAAAAUACCAAACCUUUUUUUUACAACAAAGUAAAUUAAAAAGCUUUUUUAAUGGUCAAAUUGUCAAAUUUGAAACAUAAUCGAAUUCACUAGAACUUUAUCACAAAAUUUUUUUAUCAAAAUCGCUUCAGCCGCUUCGUAGGAGUUAGCUGACAUACAUACGGACAAAAUGAUUAUAUAUAUUUCAUACUUCAAACGAAUCCGGGACUAUCGACAAUCCGAACGUGAUCUGUUGAUUCCUCCC